CACAGGGUGGUGAUGUGUGUUGGUGUACCUCUGCUGUCAUAGCCCUACUCUGCACCCCCCACAUCAAGAAAAUGUUAAACAAACAAGGAAGUCAUUUUUAGAAAUUAGAAUAAAACUUCCUGUUUCUGCUUGCUGGACAGUCCACAGGUGUGGUGUUUUCUGUCCAUUUUCCACAGCUUAAUGUAAACAAGUCAAUUCAUAAGCCAUAUCUACACUGUGUCUUUGUGUCAGGGGGGAAAUUUGUAUCUUAAUAUUCAAAUGCUGAGUACAAAGAGAGUGUGUGUUAGUACAGAUCAUUAUUUACUGCAGAGCUGUCUGCAUGAACACCAGAGAAGAACCAGAUUCAAACCUGCAGGCUCAUUUCAUGUCUGUGUACAGAGGUGCUGUGUGGACCACAUUUGAACUGUUGCUUUUGUCUUCAUGGACAAUUUUAAAUAGAUGAUCAUUUAUUAAGAAUAAUCAUAUAUUUCUUACAGCAGUGUGUGAUAAACUAGAUAUCUGUGUUUAAUAUAAAGUGCUGCGUGUCCAUCAAACAGUGAAGAGCUGCUGGAUUCAUUGUUUCCUCCAAAUGAAAGAAAAGUCAUUUUCCUGUGACAGAGCGACGAUGCAGUGGAGUCUGUUUCUGCUUCUUCUGAUGCGUGAGUGAUCAUUUUACCAGGGCUCCUGAUUGUUUCCACCUAAAAUCCUUUAGUUUGAUCAGGACUCAUUAAACAAAUGAACUCUGACUGAGAAAAUCAAGGAUUCACCUGUAAACUGGACAGUUUGAUGGGAACAUGAGUUUCCUGCUUGUAUCAGCAGAUAUUCAACAGUAUUUCUUCUGUUUUAGGUCAGUGUGUCUUCAUCACAUGUCACCUGUAUGAGUACCACUUUAUUAAAGAAGAGAUGAGCUGGGAUGAAGCACGGGCAUACUGCAGAGAGAACUACACAGACCUGGCCAAAGUGUUUGACCUGACAGACAUGAGAAGACUUCAAGACUCUGCACAGAAUCAAACAGAAGCCUGGAUUGGACUGUACAGCGAGCCAGGAAGAGACAACAGGAGGUGGCACUGGUCUCUGCCGGGGAAGGAAUACACUGAAAAUAAGACCUGUUGGACAGCUGGAGAACCUAAUGAUGGAGCAUAUCCGGAGAACUGUGUGAGGACAGGAGACAAGUGGGAAGAUGAACCAUGUAGUCGCACGCAUCCGUUCAUCUGUUAUGACAAAACAUUGAAAGACAAUAAAACCUUUCAUUUGAAUGAGACGUCUGUGAACUGGACUCAGGCUCAGAACUACUGCAGACAGCAUCACACCGACCUGGCCAGUGGACUCGAUCAGAUAUACAGUGAAGAGUUUAAGAAGCUACAGAAGUCUAAAGACCCUAAGGUGAACUUGUGGAUCGGCCUGUUCAGAGACAGCUGGAGGUGGUCAGAUGGGAGUAACUUCUCUUUCAGAUACUGGGACAUGGACUCAUUUAAUGAUGGACUAAACAACAGGACAUGUGCUACGACUCUGUUAGAGAGAUCAGGAAGAUGGAGCUCUGCUGGAUGUGACCAAAGAAAGCCUUUCUUCUGCUAUGAUGAUAACAUGAUCCUGAUCCAUGAAGAGAAAACUUGGGAGGAAGCCCUUUAUUACUGCAGAGAGAAACACCAUGACCUGGUUUCCAUCACCAACCUGCAUGAGCAGCAGUGGUUUCAGGAAAAUGCCAGAAACGCCUCCACUCCUUUUGUCUGGCUGGGGCUGCGCUACACCUGCACUCUGGGCUUCUGGUUCUGGGUCACUGAUGAUGUCAUUGGAUAUAAUAACUGGGACUCUAAAAGCACAGAUGAUGUCUGUGGCAUGUCUGGAGCCAUAAAUAGAUCAGGAGAGCAGAAGUGUCUCCACUUUCCCUGA